GGUUGCAGACGAAAGAAGCAAAAAAAUAUUAAUGCCAUGGAGUUUUGUUGACACUAACUAUGUCUCUUACAGUUACUCAUCGCUUCUUACUGAUAUUUUAAGUGAUGUCUAUGAAUCAUGCAAAAUUGAAACACAUGGCAAUUGUAAAAGCAUCAUACUGUCCUUUGCAACUGCCUCAUCUUCAUUUGCUCUCAAGGAAGAAAUUAAAGGAGAUCCAACGCAGGACAUUGUUAGCAAAGUAAAGGUAUUUGGAAUGCGUUACUUUAGUCUUUAUACCAAGCAUGAUGAAGCUUGCUUGACCUGCAAAGUUUUACGAAAUGAAGAUGAGUGUAACACACCACUUAACGCAUUUCAAGUAAUGAUGGCAGCGGCAGCAAAUGAAGUUGGAAAAAAUGUUCCCAAGCAAAUUGAAAGCCCCAAAAAUGGCUUAGAUCAGUUGUUCAACUGUAUCCUGUCACAUCUCUCAAGCUCUGGGUGCAUUUUCGCCAAAAAUGUUGGUCCUGCAGGUGGUACUUUUGUUGACACACUGACAAAAUUGUUAUGGCAUCUAGAUGGCCAAUAUCAAAAGAUCGAGCAAGAAAUACCAUCAAGUCAGAAAGUGCCAGUAAUUUUUAAGAGAAAGUUUAGUGGUUACAACUUGCCUGAAAAGUCAAAGCACCGUAAACGAGUGAUACAGAAUUUGUCUUGCCAGAAGAUGGAGGGGCUAUGUAUCCGAACAAAGGAGCUGAUACAGUGUUUACCAUUUCUUGAUGAUGCUCCUAUAAAUGAGUUUACGGUACAAAUUCAGCAACUUGUUUCCUUGGUCGAAGUCUACUGCACAUACCUACGAAGCCAGGCAAAGAGAGUAGCAACAUCAGAGAAUACUCCCAGAACACCAUUAGAACUGAGGACAAAUGUGACAGUUCUCAAAAUAAACAAGGGUCCUGUCAAUAAAGUCCUAGCUGACUUGGAUGACAAAUUGUCCAACUCUGAGUUCUACAUCCCUGUUUCAGUACGAGAGUUUCUGCCACCUGGACGUCCACGACAACAAAUAUACAACACCAUACAGAUUUUAAAGGACUGUAGAUUGUCAUCACGAGUUGUCCAUUAUGCUUAUCAUAUUGGUGGUCCCAAGGCAUCGCUGCAUUUUGUGUGGAAGAUUGAAGAUGGAGAUUCUGAAGGAGAUCGUCUUAAUAAGUGUGUCAAUAUCAUCAGAAAGAUUGAAGAAGAUGCCCCUAUCUAUGAAAAGAAGAUAAUAAAGAGAGAAUUUAAGCACACAUUUGGUUUUGUGGGCAGUCCUGUGGUGCUUCGGGCUAUUUUUCGAGAUCUAACCAAUGACAACGCUGGUGCUAACUCACUUAACGAAAAAGAAAUCGAUCUGAGAUUUGAACAUGCGAUGCUUUGUGAAGAUCCUAGCAUACUUGCAGAUUUGCGACACCAAUCUCCCAAUGUAAAGAAGGAUUCCUUCAGUGUCUUUUUCGAGGCUACAGAGAAGUUUUUGAAGAAUGAUGUUGGUGUUGCUUGUCAUGACAGACGGCAUGGUGAGCAGCUAUAUCUUGCCAAGGCAGUGAGCUUUCAAGAUCUUCACAGACAAGUGAAAGAGAUUGUGCCUCAAGGCACCAAAAUUCCUUCAGUCAAAUGGUUAGGUAUCAAUUUCAACCAAUCAAUCAGCAUGCAAAUACGGCGAAGUACUAUAAAGGAUUGAUGAACAUCAAAAUGAUGGUCCAGAAGCGACAGGUAUUCCAACAAUGUUCAUGGUAACUUUAUUUUAGUAUCUCACCGUUUUAUAGCUGAACUUUAUAGCGGACAUUGCACAGGCCAUUUAUACCCUUAAUACCUAUCAUUCCAUUAAAGUGGUACUAAUCUCUUAGAGAAUUUUUUGUUUAGCAUGUAAUAUAUGGGUUAUUUGAUGAAAUGUAAAAUAUCUUCACUUUUUCACUUUCAAAAUUUUUAGAUAUUUUAAUGCAAAUUAGUUUUCUUUUGUCUAUUAAUAGUAAUAUGCCCCUGAUGACAUCGUAUUAAAAAAUUUGAGAGUGAAAAAUCUGUCAAGAUGAGGUUUUUGUUAUAAAGAUAUAUUAUUUUCCUUCUUGUGAUAACCCAAAUAUUACAUGGACAAAAAUUUGUCUCAGGGUUACCACUUCAAUUUAAUAUUAUCUCGUUCUAGAUUCGAGUAAAUCAUGUUGACUCACACUAUUGUGCAGCUAUGUGGAGGUACAUGCGAGAGCUUGCCGUUCAUCACAGAGAACUGGUUACACUUGUCAGCAUGGAUGACAAGCAUAAGAUCAAAGUUGGUGAACCGUCCUAUCUGUUAGCUGCUGCAGAACGUGGCAAACAAGUUAUUGUGGGAAUAAAUCAAGUUAUGGCUGUGGGUGACCACGAUUUCUCAAAGUGCACUCUUGUACCAUCGGUGAAUCUGAUUGUAUGUGUUUUCCUUUAAUAUCUGUUUAAAUCAUGUUAUCUUUGGGGCUCGAAUCAUCAACUACCCAAGGAUAUUUUCCCAAGUAUAUUGUACCUUAUUAGCCAAAACUGGUCUUGGGUUACAGUACUACUAUGUACAGUACCUAAAUGCCAUUUUGCCUUCCCACAAUAUAUAAAAUUACAUAUUAAACAGUUGACUUUUCGGCACAUUGAUAUUCCUACUCACAUGGAAGACAGCUUUUACAGAGGGGAUGUCUAUGUUGGCUUCAAGAAUGCAGUCACACAACCAUCAUCUGCCCUUCGCCAUGCAACCGAACUUAAAGAAAUAUUGGAAAGCCGGAAUGGUAACUGCAUGUUGUCUUGUUACAUAGUUUUCACAGAAGCUAUUGGCUGAUAUUUAGUGCAAUUAUGUUUGCAGCACUACAUAUAACACACGUGUACUGCAUGUCUAUAUAAUAAUUCAUCUUAUAAAGGUACUAAAUUUUAUAGAUUCAAGCCCAGUUCUGUUAACUUAUACAGAUGGUGGUCCAGACCAUCGCUCAAAUUACAUCUCUGUCAAGUUGUCUCUUAUCGCUUUGUUCAGAUGGUUGAAUCUGGAUAUGCUUGUCGCUUUACGUACAGCUCCUAGCAACUCAUGGGCGAAUCCAGUCGAACGUGUCAUGAGUAUUGUGAACAUUGGUUUGCAAGGAGUUGGCUUAAUGAGACGGAAGAUGUCAGAUGAUUUUGAAAAUGCCAUUGGUAUGUAUUAGUAAAUGCAAUAACAUAAAUACUUAUAAGUAGUAGGGAAAUUAAUAUGAAAACAUGACACUUAGACAAGGCUAUCUUAUAAAAGUGUUGUGUUAGACAGUUUUUAAGCAUGUUACAUGCACCAUAAUUAUCAAUUUCAGCCAAAGCCAAUAGUGUGAAAGAAAUGCGCGAUGUGAUCAACACAGUUGAAAGAAAAAAGGAGCUUUCAGAAUCACUACAGUUUCCAGUAGAUUUGUUGCGUGGACAAAUGUUGCGUCUAUCUUUGAAAGAUAAGCUAUUCAAAGUAUUUCAGCCUGCUGCUGAGGAUAGCAUAGAUGUUCUAUGGAACAAGUGUGUUGAAAUUGAGAAAGAUAUUCAGGUAAAUAGACAGAUACAUACAUACAGUAGGUACAUGGAUAGCUACCGUACACAGACGGAUGGUUAUAGAUAAUACAUUUAAAUGUGUGAAGGUAUAAAUACAUAAAGUUUAAACGUGUUUUCUUAUCUGUUUUAGAGAAACAAAACAACUAAAAAGGACUGUAAAGAUUUAGUUAAUCUUCAAGAGUUCUUAAGCCACUGUUGCAUAGAAAGUCACUACUGUUUCCAAAUCAGGAAGUGUGGUGAACCAAAUUGUAAGAUUUGCGGGUAAGCAGUUUGGGUCUACAUACAGGUACAUUCUAUGGACUUUAACUUUAGUGAUCUAAUCUUUUUUAUUUAAAUGCCUUUUGACUUCCUUUGUAGACCAUUAAGAGAUCCAAGGUCCAAGGAGGUGAAGAACUUGCCAUUCCCAGUGGAUGCUGGAAACGGUCAUUAUAAGCCAUUCAAUGAGGUGUAUGGCACAAAAACCAAAGAUGUAUGUACUGCAAACUUUGUUAUAUCUAUAUUGUCAAGUAAACUUUGUCUCUAAUAAACGUUUUCUUUUUGACAGUCAUCCAAGCCUUUCGAACAUUUAAAACAUUUUUUUGCUUAGAAAGAUUGUUAAUCGAAUUCUGUUAUUAUAGAAUCGUCCCAGUGCAACAUCCAGAACUAGUUCUCAAAGAAAGAAAAUGAACUUCUCGCCGUCGGUUCAGCAUGCAAAAAACACAAGUAUGAUGCUGCAGUGUGAAGAAUGUGAUAAAUGGUGUCUGGUAUUUGCAAAGAAAAAGCUGACGAAGAGACAGAAGGCAACCCUUCAAGAUCUAUUUGAUAGCAUCUCUACAGUUGUGGUUUGA